UGCACAUGCUCAGUUUAGUGUGUAUUGCUAGAGAGGUUUUUUUUUUUUUCCUUGGGAGAGUGCACAUUUACUAAAAUAAUAGUGUACUGUGGGAGACCAGAUAUAGUGAAUGCAAGAUCCGGGGAGGCCGGACAUAGUGAAUGCAGGGUCCGGGGAGGCCGGACAUAGUGAAUGCAGGGUCCGGGGAGGCCGGACAUAGUGAAUGCAGGGGUCCGGGGAGGCCGGACAUAGUGAAUGCAGGGUCCGGGGAGACCAGAUAUAGUGAAUGCAGGGUCCGGGGAGGCCGGACAUAGUGAAUGCAGGGUCCGGGGAGGCCA